AGCGGUUGGCGCGGCGCGGCUGUUACACUGUACGCUUGAAUAAGAACAUUCGACCGUGUUGUGCUCUCGCAGGCCGCGCAUUCGACUGUAUACAUACAGCAGUUAUAGCCGGCACCGACCUGUCUUUCUGCACGUCGAAUGUUUGUAUCGUCCUCUGUGUUACAACAAUUUCAAAGGAUAAUUGUCGUGUUGUCGAGUGUCGUCCAUUAAAGCCACAAUUACUAUUUUACCUUGCAUUUACCAAGCGCAACGAGAGAUUCACCCGCAGAGAUGGAGAACCCCACAGCAGUGCCUUCGAACGCGAGCAAUUUUGUUGCGUCAAAAAAGGAAAUCAAGCGCGAGGAGAUCGACCUUUGCGAGGACUCGGGCCUUUCCUGGACCACAUUUACGUCCAAUGCAGCAGAAUCCAAAUCGUCGUUAUCACCCAUCGCAAUCGGCAAAGAUGAUAGCACCGUGGGCACGAUUGGCGAAGGUAUCCAAUUCGCCGAUGCCAGCCGAAUUGCCGAGGAACAGGCCGCGAAAUUGGCCGACAUCAAUUCGAGAAAACGAGUCAAGACGAAACAAGAAGAGGCUUUGAAAGCCGAAAAAGAAGCCUUUGAAAGAGAAGUGCAAGAAACUCAAUAUAAACGUCUCACGCAUUUGUUGAAUCAGAGCAAAGCAAUGACUACUUUUAUUAUGAAGAAAAUCGAUAAACCAGAGAAAAAAGGUGGUAAGAAGAAGAAGACCACAGAAGAGGACAAAAAUGACUCUGGCGAACCAGCAGCAAAAAAACUCAGAAGCUCAAAUAAGUCAGCAACUGCCCAGAAUGAGAAGACUUCUACUACAAAGAGUAACCGUGGAAAAAAGCGUAAACUCAACUUGAGUAAUGAAGAGAUUCAACAAGAAUUGGAUGAAAUGUCUGACCAUGAAUCUGAGUCGCAAUCGCAAGAAACACCUAAUGAUUUUUCAACAGUCAAAUAUUUCGAGGGUGAAUUAAGACCCUAUCAAAAAGAUGGUGUCAAUUGGCUUAAAUUAUUGUAUGAAAAUGGUUUAAAUGGAAUAUUGGGUGAUGAGAUGGGUUUGGGUAAAACCGUUCAAGUUAUUGCUCUCUUUGCUUACUUGAUGGAACAAAAAAUAAGUGGGCCAUAUUUAGUCUUAGUUCCAUUAUCUACCUUACCAAAUUGGGUAUCAGAAUUUGAGCGCUUUGCGCCACAACUUCCAGUUGUGUGUUAUUAUGGCAAUCAAAAACAACGAAUCCAGAUACAACCAAAACUAAAAAAAAAAACAAAUCUUUCUCCAAAUUUUUCUACUCUACCUAUUGUUCUUAUGAGUUAUGAAAUGGUUCAAUUUGAUAAAAAUUUCUUAAGACAAUUUAACUGGAGAUAUAUUGUGAUUGAUGAAGCACAACGAAUUAAGAAUUACGAAACUGUCAUGGCAAGAACGCUAAAAACAUUCAAUUCGUAUAAUCGCUUGCUAUUGACAGGAACGCCUCUUCAAAAUAACUUGUCAGAGUUGUGGUCAUUAUUAAACUUUCUUUUGCCAGACAUUUUUAGUGAUUUGGCAGUGUUUGAAUCUUGGUUUGAUGCCCGAAAAGUGCAGGAUCAAGCAGGGAAACAAGAAUUACUUGAGCGGGAACAAAAAAAUCAUGUUUUGUCAAUGCUCAGAGAAAUAUUGCAACCAUUCAUGUUGCGACGACUCAAGGAAGAUGUUUGUCCAGACAUUCCACCAAUCAAAGAAGUUGUGAUAUAUACACCAUUAACUGCCAUUCAACUAGAUAUUUAUUCAUCUAUUAUCAAAAGAGAUUAUGCUUCAUUAACAAAAAAGGAAGAAAAAUCGUUGAUAGUGGAUGUUGAUGGUGUGAGACCUAAAAGAAAAUGUACCCAGAAGAUUGACUUUUCUUCAUACUUCUUCAAACAUCCCCAUGAUAAAGAUUCAUUAAUUCCUCCCAGUAAAUCGGGUAGUGAUCAAAGUCAAAUAGUUAAUUCUCAUACUUUAAACAUGGUAAAAAUGCCUGGUGAAAAUUUGGAUGAAAACAUUGAUGAAUGGAAUAAGUAUACGAAUGUAACAGAAGAAAAUGUUGACUAUUUGAUUCACCUUACAUUGAAUGACGUAAUGAUGUAUAGACAUGUAGUCAACCACCCAUACUUGAUCCAUCAUCCACUUAACGAUUGUGGCUUACCUGUAGUAGACGAAAAUGUAAUAAAAAAGAGUGGAAAGCUAUUGGUUCUAGACGCAAUGCUUAAAAAAUUGAAAGCAAGAGGGCACAAAGUAUUGUUGUUCUCCAAUUUUAAAAUGGUUUUAGAUAUUAUAGAAGAUUAUCUGUCUUUGACAGAUUAUGAUUAUUGUCGACUAGACGGUAACGUGAAAUUCGACGAUAGAAAAGAUCAAAUAAAUAGAUUCCAGAGCGAUCCAAAUUGUUUUCUGUUCAUGCUCACUACGAGAUCUGGAUCUGUUGGCUUGAAUUUGGCCGCUGCAGACACUGUCAUAAUUUAUGAUAGUGAUUGGAAUCCACAAUGUGAUCUACAAGCAAUGGCUCGAUGUCAUAGAAUUGGACAGAAAAAGCCUGUUGUAGUUUACAGAAUGUGUUGCAAAGGAACAGUUGAUGAAAUGAUUAUUAAGCGUGCAAACGCUAAACGCUUUUUAGAAAAAGCUGUGAUUUCCAAAGAGAAUAUACUGGCUAACCCAGAACAGGGUUUAAAAGUCUUGAAAGAAAUGCUUGAACAAGAUGCUUUCACAAUCGCUGACUACAAAAAUCAAGUAUACACUGAUGCCGAAUUGGAUGAGUUACUGGAUAGAAGCGACAUGGUAUUUCAGAGUAUCAAAACUGAAGAUGAACAUUAAGAUCAAAGCGUUACCCGUUUCGAGAUUUCAAAUAUUGUUAAGUUUUUUAGGCAUUUGAAUUUGUUUGUAAAUGUAACUAUCAAAACUGAUGAUAUUAUAAGUUUAAGAAAAAGAAUUAUUUUUGUACGUCGAUUAAAAACGAAAGAAGUAUUGAGUCAAAUCAGAUAUAAGUAAUAUAACUUGUACUUCUAGAAAUGUUUGUUCAUAAGCUUAAGCGCUAUAAUAAUUCAUUGUGAAAAAAGUGCGUUUUGUUUCCUACCUGUGAUUAAUAUCCAAUGUUAUUUUGAUUACAUGACAUGUAAACUGUUUUUGUUAUUUUAAGUACUCACAUAACGAUGAAAUUGAAAUAAUCGAAUUUUUGUAUAUGUUUGAAUUCAAAGA